AUGGGGCAUCAGGUGAUAAUAUUUGACUUUUCUGUCAUAAGAGGACUGUGGGAAACUCGAGUUAAGAAGAGCAAAGAACGUCAGAGGAAGGAGAAAGAAAGAUUAGAACAAAGUGCAUUGGAGAAGAUAAAACAGGAAUGGAAUUUGAUACUAGAGUGCCGUAAGAAAGGUAUUCCUCAAUCAAAAUACCUCAAGAAUGGCUUUGUAGACAUCAGUGAGAAGAACCUGGUCACCCAUGGGAAGAAUCCUCAGCUCAAGAAGAGUCAUGCCUUAUCAGAUGGAGUAAAUAAAGAACAAGACAAGUUUAUUUUUCAGCUUUCUGGAGAGCAGUGGACGGAACUCCCUGAUUCUCUGAAAGAACAGAUCUAUCUGAAAGAAUGGCAUGUGUACAAUACAUUAAUACAAACCAUUCCAGCCUACCUUGCACUGUUUCAAGAUCUGAGAGUACUGGAAUUGUCAAAAAAUCAAAUCAACCAUCUUCCAGCAGAGAUUGGCUGCUUAAAAAACCUCAAAGUGCUCAAUGUGAGUUUCAAUAAUUUGAAGUCAGUUCCUCCAGAACUGGGUGAUUGUGAGAAUCUAGAAAAACUGGAUUUGUCUGGAAAUAUGGAAAUAACAGAGCUCCCAUUUGAACUAAGUAACCUGAAACAACUCACAUUUGUGGAUGUGUCAGCAAACAAGUUCCAUUCUAUUCCAAUUUGUGUACUCCGAAUGUCUAAUUUGCAGUGGUUGGAUAUUAGCAGCAACAGCCUGAAAGAUCUCCCAGAAGAUAUAGACAGGUUAGAUGAAUUGCAGACACUUCUUCUACAGAAAAACAAGUUGACUUAUCUUCCACGAGCUCUUGUCAAUAUGCCAAAGCUCAGUUUGCUAGUUGUCAGUGGUGAUGACCUGGUUGAGAUACCCACAGCCAUCUGUGAGUCAACCACAGGUUUAAAAUUUGUAAGUCUCAAGGACAGUCCGGUAGAAACGAUUGUAUGUGAAGACACUGAAGAAAUUAUAGAAAAUGAACGCGAACGUGAGCAAGUUGAGAAAGAGUUUAUGAAAGCAUACAUUGAAGACCUAAGGGAAAGGGAGUCUACUCCUUCCUACACUACAAAAGUAAUGCUCAGUCUCCAGCUCUGAAGAUUAAAAAUCUCUAGAACUCU